AUGGGGGGCGGGGAGGGAAGCCCGGCCCUCCGCGGGGGUGGAGCUGCCGGGGGGAGGUCCCGGGGAGGGUCCCGGCCCGCCGUUCGGGGUGGAGCCGUCCAGGGGAGGGAUGGCUCAGGGGACGGGCCGGUCCAGCAGGACGAGGUCCGGGAGCAGGAGCCCCGGGAAGAAGGAGGCCACCGCCAUGGUCACCGGGUUCUCCUUCUUGUGCAGGAAGACAGGCUCCCCCUUGUUGGUGACCUGGGGAGGGCGGGGCGGGGCAGCCGGGAGCACCCUGACCUCCGCCUGGCGCCCCCCCCCGCCCCCCCCGCCGCCGCCCUCCUUUUCAACCGCUGGCGCUUCCUGAUCUACCUGAUGCAGGGGCCCAUCCCGGCCUGGGCCCGGAGCCCCGACGAGCAGGCCGCCCAGGACGAGAGCGCCCCGAUGUCCGCAGCGGAGGCCCCCCCCAAACGGAAGGAGGUGGCCUUCCCUCCCCAGUACCCCGUCCCGAGGACCAAGGGGAGCCCGGGCUGGACCUGGGACAAAGCACUGCACUACCCUGGGCCGCUCUCCCAACUGAUGGACCAGCAGAGCGCCCCGGCCCUCCCGGAAGUGAUGUCGGAAGUGAUGUCGGAAGUGAUGUCGAGAGCGGAAGCCGCCCCCAUGCCCUUCCGGUCCCAGCAGAAGCUCCCAGUCAGGAGAGAAGAGGAGCAGAAAUCAGAGCCCACCCUUUUCAGGAGGAGCACCCCGGGGAGCCUAGUGGAAGUGGAAGGGCAGCCGAGAGUCACCAUCCGGACCCUGUUCUCCACAAUUUCCGGGUCUCACCUGUCUAAGGCUGCCUCACCAGCGGAGACGUCCUCUUCAGGGCCCUCCAGGCCACCCUCCCAAGAGCACCCCCAGGAGCCGGGCACUGCCAACAAGCUGCCGCUCCCCCAAGAGCAGCCGCAGCCCCAGGAGCUCCCCCAAGAGCAGCCGCAGCCCCAGGAGCUCCCCCAAGACCAGCUGAAGCCCCAGGAGCUCUCCCAAGACCAGCUGCAGGGGACCAGCCGGCCUAAGGAGCGUGACUCCUCAUGGGAGCCCAGAACCCUGGCCGAAGUUAUAUUUAAAAAAUUAGAGGCCUGGGAUGCCAGGCAUCACGGGUGGGUUCUCUGCCUGCCUCGAGAAGCAGCGUCGGCCUGGUCCCGGGUCGCCACAGAGCAGCCCAAGGACAAACCGAGGGACGGGCCGGAGCCCACCCAGGCCUCACAGCCCUGCGCCAGUUUCAAGGCUCUGAGGAAGGCUAUCCAGAAGCCACCGAGCUGGCUCACCAGAGCAUGGCAACAGGGCAAAAAGGUGGUCUGCACCUGUACCAGGGGCUCCAGCUAAUCCCCUGCCCAGGCCACCUAACUGCAUUAGAUUUUUUUUUAAUUUUUUUUAAUUUUUUAAAAAUAUAUUUUAUUUGAUUA